UGAAUCGAGUGGUUUGCAGUUUUUCGACGAGUGUGCUGUGUACAUAUGCAUUUGUGGCUUAAAAAAAUGGUUAUAAAAAAUUAAUAAAUCAAUCCAAAAAGAUUUUUAAGCAAAAUAAUAGCGCAAUGCAUUGAAGAACGGUCUCGGUCCUCGGUCCUCGGGUUCUUGAAACCAAGUUGGAUGCCCAAGUGCUUCCAUAAAAUGGAGUGGAUUGUGGAAAAUCGAUAAAAGAAUUUUCAGCCUGUAAACAGAAUUAAAACCAAAAUAAUAAUGAAGUAAAAAAAACAGUUUAAGGCUCUAAUAAGUGUCCGCAGGAUCAGCAAAAACCGGCUAAGAGUGAUUCCUCGAUUAUGAAUUCGAAUGGAGCUGACCUGGGACACAGCAGCAGGAGGAAUGAGAAGGGCAAUCCGGACAACGGCCACGCCGGGAUGCGUGGCACUGGCAGUGGCAUGAGCACAACUCGACGGAAGUCCAUUAACUUCCAGAACCAGCUCCAGUUAGCACUCGAUUCCAACGAGUGCGAUGUGAUGUACUGCAGCCUCUCGUCGGGACGCUUUCAGCCACAUUCCGGCAAACUAAAGCUGUCGCCGUUGGAGAAAUACGAUGAUCCCAACAGGGGUGUGCCUCCUCCCUCGCCGGCUCCCAACAGUGAUUGCUUUGCCACCUGUGUGGCCAACCAGAUGCCCGCGCAGUCGUGCAAGUCGGAAAAUCCUCCGGUGGUGCAGAAACAUGGAAUAGGAGCUGGCGCAAACUAUCAUCAGCGUGGCAUUUCGCCCAAUUCCAGAUACCGCUUGGAGCGAUAUCGCGAGUCCCAGGCCACCCCUCAAGCAAAGAUGAUGGACUCCAUGGGUGGGAUCCCUUCGGCCGUUCCCUCUGUCUCCUCCACGCGCCUCCUACUGCCUUCCAAUGUACCCUUGCCGCUGGCCCAGUGCGACAACUACAACGCCUACUUGGGAUCCACGGUGCACACUCCGGUGAAGCGAUACGUGCCCACGCCACCGCCUGCCAUGGAUCUCUACACCGACCUCACCCUCACUGCCUCCACACCAGCCGCUUCCGGGUCAUCAUCAGGCGCAUCCAGUCAGUCGCAGUCACAGUCCCAGUACGCCAAUAUGCCGUACAACUUUCGCUCCAAAUGCUGCCACGGCGAGUCCUCUCACAGCAGCCUCAGCCGGACCUCGCAGACGUACAACUCCAGCUGUUCGCCGGCCUGCACCUCCCCCUCUCCGGCACCCUCGACCAGUAUGUCCCUGGUCCUCUCGGCGGUCAGUUCUUGCUCACCAGUUACCACUGCGGCGGCUCCUCGUUCAGUAAACCACGGAGGAGUCGGUGUUGGGGCGUCCGUAGGCGGUGACACCCCCCAGCAGAUGAUGAGCCGUCAUCGGGGCCAGGAAGACAGCGACUCCGUGAUCGUUGUGGCUCCGGGUGGGGCUUCAGUGACUCAGUUGGAAGUAGACAACCCGUCGGGCACCUGUCUGCACUGCAACACAGUGCGCCGCACCACCGGAGUACACCAGACCACCCAGACCACGGGACCCAUUAGUCCGGUGCCCAUUUCUAUGCCCGUGCCGAUGCCCAUUCCGGUCAUAUCGGGUCUGGGUGAGGGACAGCUGGCACCGAAUGCCAGCCUGGACUCCGGAAUGGUAGCCAAGCAACUGGAGGCGAAUCAGCAGCAGCAACAGCAACACCAACUCUACCGAAGCCAGAUGGUGGCAAAUCCACGGGUUCAGCACAUGCACCACCAGACGCAGCAGCAUCAAUCUAUGCAGGUUCUGCCCCAGCCCCAGAUGCAUCAUCUGUCGUGCAAGAAACGAAUUGGGAUCUAUCUGAAAAGGGCUACCGCCCAGUUCUUUGGGGUAGAGCCAAGCACGGAGGCGGCCGACUGUGCCCUGUGGCAGGGACGUCAUCGACGUCUGGCUAUCCGCUGCUUCGGGAUGUUCGACUCCGAACUGGAGUAUCACAUGCAGCAAGCUAUUGCCGGCGAAGAUGUGGGUCAGGUGAAUAGCAACCAGGGCAAUAGCAACUAUGCACCCGACCGCCCGGACAUCCUGCCCGUUCAGGAUGCCAUGGGACUGGACAUGGCUAGGCAGAAAAGCUACACCAAUAGGGACUUCCUGGCCGGUGAAUUCGUGGAGCGCAAGGCCUCGGUGGGAUACAUGUUUGUGGCCAUGGUGAGCUAUCUGGUGCACAUGUUCCACAAGCGACGACCCAUGCAAAUGCACAAGGUGCGUUGUCCCUGGCAGUGGUCCCGCAGCUUUGCUCCGAUGCACGUCACCACCACCCAGAGCGGUCAGCAGCCGGAUGCCGACUGCCUGACCGACGGCCUGGAGGCGAUCAUCGAAGACGAGGUGUUCUUUGACAGCCCCUGCGAAGUUUCGGCCACUUCGCUGAAUGACGAUGGUUCCGAGAUUGGACGCCAGGCAGCGAAAUCUCGAACCUGUACGGAUUCUACUGCGGGAGGCAUGGGUGUGGGGGUUAGUGUCUACAUGGCGGAGCGGCAGCAGAAUGGGUGGCGCACCUCGGCUCUGAACAGUAGUGGGAAUGCCAGCAGCGACAUCAACCUCACCGGCAGCGAGCAGGCAACACAUCCCGGCGUGGCCGCUCACAUUCCUCUCUGCAACUCGGUGUCCAGCCAGAUGCAACCCACGAUGCGCACCUCGCACUCCACCACCUCCACUUGCAACCGGGGCAAUCGGAUCACCGCUCAGCUGCUGGACGGUGUGCUGGAGAACUCGCGUCGUCCGCCACUCCGAUGCAUCAAGUACUUUUCCGUAAAUGACCUGGACGACCGCACCGAUCAUCGACCCUUCUUCACCUACUGGAUAAACACCGUGCAGAUUGUAGUGCUCAUCCUGUCUAUUAUUUGUUACGGCAUUGCCCCGAUCGGGAUCGGUUCGGAGCAGAAGACGGGGCAGGUCUUGGUGACAAGCCUCAGCCUGCAGACUGUCCAGCAUGUGGAGCAACGGAAUCUGUGGAUCGGCCCGAGGCACAUUGACUUGGUGCAUAUGGGAGCUAAGUUUGCUGCCUGCAUGCGCCGCGACAUCAAGAUCACGGAGGUGGUCACAAAGACGCGACGCCACGAGAGGGAGACCGCCUGCUGCAUCCGCAACGACGAUUCUGGCUGCGUUCAAAGCUCCCAAGCGGAGUGUUCCAUUAGGGGACUUUAUCCUACGAAAUCAAUCUCGACGUGGAAGAAAUGGUCGCCCAGCGAAUCUGGACCUGGAGGACGAAUCUCUGGGUCCGUUUGCGGACUGGAUCCGAAAUUUUGCGAUGCCCCAGCCUCAAUAGCGCCUUACGAGUGGCCGGACGACAUCACCAAGUGGCCGAUCUGCCGCAAGACCAAUUCGUUUACGCAGCGAUAUCGCUACAAGGAUCACACCUCCGAGCACAUGGUUUGCGAGGUAAUAGGACAUCCUUGCUGCACGGGCUUGUACGGCGAGUGUAGGAUAACCACUCGCGAAUACUGCGACUUUAUAAAAGGAUAUUUUCACGAGGAAGCCUCACUGUGUUCACAGAUAUCGUGCCUAAAUAAUGUAUGCGGCAUGUUCCCGUUUAUAUCCGUGGAGACUCCGGAUCAGUUCUACCGACUACUGACAUCGCUCUGCAUGCACGCCGGCAUAUUGCACCUGGCCAUCACACUUAUUUUUCAGCACUUGUUUUUGGCGGACUUGGAGCGCCUGAUAGGCACAGUUCGUACUGCGAUUGUCUAUAUAAUGUCGGGCUUUGCAGGAAAUCUGACGAGCGCCAUUUUGGUGCCCCAUCGCCCGGAGGUUGGGCCUUCGGCAUCUCUCAGUGGCGUGGUGGCCUCGUUGAUCGCACUUCUGGUGUGGAUGCACUGGAAAUAUCUUCACAAGCCGCAUAUUGCUCUCUUCAAGCUGCUGCUCCUGUGCAGCGUGCUGGUCGGAAUCGGAACCCUGCCUUACCAGCUUAACUUCCUGGGAUUGCUCGCCGGAGUGGUGUGUGGCUGCCUUUUAACUGUGUCCCUAGUUCCAUUCACAUCCUUCACGAAAUACGGUCGUAAGAAAAAGAUAAAUCUGAUUUGGACUUGCAUCCUGUUUCAUGUUGUCGUUUAUACGGCUAUGAUCGUAACGUUUUAUGUUCAUCCCAGUGAAUUCCAUUCCAUUAGCUUUGUAGAUAUGUUUAGUAAUAAUAAUGGAUACGACAAUUUCACCAAUACCGACCAUCAUGGCGUAGAUAUUGUAAGCAGUAAUACCCGAUACUCACAGACGCAAAACUCCCAAUAUUAUUAUCAUCAUCACUCGGAUGACAUUAUUAGAAAAAGCGUUACAUUCACCGAAAAAGCUCUCGUUUCGCACAUUUUAUAUCCCGCUGCGCCGCGGAAAACGAGCGUUCAACAAUGGCAGGAAGUAGAGUAUAGUCGUUCGUUUAAUCACCUUUCAAACUAUAGUGAUCGAAUUAAAAAAAGUAUUGGAAAUAUAUCAAAGCUUAAGAAAGUGUUCACUCCCAUUCGAUUUUCAAGCAAGAACAACCACUCUAAUCUUAUGACUGAAUUCAAAUCGGUGCGCUCCGAAAAUAACCACAAAUAUUUAGGUUACAUUAAUAAUACUGAAUUUAACGUCCUUUAAUAUUUUACAUAUUAAUCGAAUCGAAUUAAUUCAUGAAAACAACAAAUUUGUCAAGUUUGAGUGCACAAAUAGAUAAACAUUAUAUGAAUAACGCAUUGAAUGUCUAUUUAUGUAUGUAUAAUCCGAACUUCAAAUGAAUAAUAAA